ACAAUAACGAACAAUUAUUCGUACAAGGAGAAGCUUUUUGACCCACAGUGCCUUGCUUGAGACCGAGUAAAGAAUUUCCCAUUAAAAACACUGAUUUGUGAACUUCCGCGAAACUUAGUUUAUCAUCAGGUUCAAGAAAUUGAGUAUUACAAUAAAGACAAUCUCUCAAGUGGUCAUCAGUUGUAGCUCUAAGCCCAAGCUGUGAGGAUGAUCAACAUGCGGUGUCGCUUUCUAAGUCUUAGUCUAUUUGUUUUACUCGGAAACGCUCGGGCUGAUUGCGUGCUUAGCCAACAUGAACUAUCGCAGACUAAUAGGGUUUUUGCCACACGAGAUGGUUUGAGCUAUCAUCUCUUUCGUAAGGAUGUAGUUCCUAACAGUGCACAAGUACACUCGAUUUGCAAUUACAAUGAUAUAGUAAUUUCCACAUGCACUGCAAAUGGCUUCCACCCAGUACUAGCCACAGCUGGUUGUAAAAAGCCCACAACCCCAAAAGUGGAAGAGGUCAACGAUGCCAGUUGUCCUUACAAGAUGUAUCGUGUGGGCUAUAGGUUCAAAAAUUUAGCAUUUCUAGAGAUCUACAGAAGCUGUUACAAUCCUGAUAAAGUUCAAGCGCAUUUUACCAUUUACAUGGCCCAGACCAGCAAGUCGGCCGUGGAGCGUCCAAUGCAUUUUAAUACUGACCGCAUAAUCAGUGGAGCAGCUGCGGCAUCCUUUCAGAACACUCAGAUCUUUUCCAGAUACAAUGCACUCUUGGGACACCAGACUUAUUUUGCAUCUAGCACAAAUAUGUUCGAUCGGGGCCAUUUGACGCCAUCCCUUGAUUUUGCCUUUAAGGCAAGCAGAGGACAGACCAACAAGUACAUCAAUUUGAUACCACAGUUCAAAACCAUCAACCGCGGGAACUGGAAAACCAUCGAGAACUGGGUACGCCGACAGUUGUCUGAGAGACACUUCGAUGCUUUAAAAGUCUGCACUGGUGUAUUGGGGGUGCUCGAGCUGUACUCGAGCACUUAUCGCGCUGACAUACCAAUGUUUUUGAUUAACAACAAUAAGAAUCCCAUUCCCAAGUGGAUAUACAAAAUUGUAAGCCACAUAUCAGGCCGCAAAUUCGUUUUCCUCACCUACAACAACGCACAUGCAACCACACGGCCGACUGGACAAGUUGUAUCGAACGUUUGCAGAGAAUUGCCAUGCCGAAACUUCGGACUUAAUGUACGGAACGAGGGGACGGCAGGAUACACCUUCUGUUGCGAGCCACACGAUUUUAUUGCUAGAAAUCUCGCACGUUUAACGGGCAUUUGCUGAAUCCCGGGGAGCGUGAAAGCUUUUGGUUUGUUACCUUUUUUUAACUGUAUUUAAAUGGUUUUGGAGCUCCGAAAGUACCAGGAGCAAAAUAAAGCAAUAUAUUCUUAGUAUAACUAUA